AUGGAAAGAAGUGAAACUUUUUUUGGUGGAGAUGCUCCUGUGUACGUUACAAAAGUUACAUUUUUCGGAUUGGGAAAGACGAAUCAUGAGUUUAUAAAGAAACAGCUUGGUCCGCUUGUAAAAUCUAAAAACCUGUCUGAGCUUUUACAAAACACUAGCGAACUCAAGUCAAUGCUUCAAGGAUUGCAGAUCUUCAAAGAAUGCUCAGUCACAAUUGAUACUGAGAAGGGAUCUUUCCGUAACGACGCAUAUAAGGUGAAUGUACAUGUCGAAGAAAAGUGGCCCCAAACUAUUAGGGGCAAUUGGUCUGUCAAUACAGAUGGUUCAAUGCGAAUGGGAGGCUAUUAUUCAUUGAAUAAUAUAUUUAAAAGAGGUGAAAGGUUCGAAAUUGAAGGAAAUCUCGGUAGUGAUGCAACUAGGACGAGAUCCGCAACCUUUAUCAAACCCUUGGAGUUUAAUCCAAAUGCAAAGUUACUGUUUGGUGGUUCGGAUUGUAAUUAUGAUCACUGGUGGUCGAAGUUUAUGCGAAAUGAAAGCUCAAUUUUCGCGGAACUCAUGGCUCCGACUCGUCUUGGCUUGCACAAGCUUCACUGGAGUAAUGUAUGGCGAGAAAUUGAGGCAUCUAGUUUUUCUACACCUUAUAAUAUUCGACUUGAAAGUGGAUCAACUUUGAAGAUGAACUUUAGCCACAGUGUUGAGAUGGAUUCUCGGGACGAUCGUGUAUUUCCACAAAGCGGUUGUCUGUUUCGUUUUUCAGAGGAAUUGUCUUUUCUGCGUCCUCCUCCCCCAUCGUCCUCUUUCGAUCACGGAAAUGCUACAGCGUCCGAAGAUGAGCGUUCAACCCAACUUCGCUUGGACGGUGUUUUCCAGAAGCCUCUGCGUUUAACCAAUUGGUUGGUUGCUGAAGGAACGCUUUCUGCAGGCCUUGUUCAUUCUCUCAGUAGCCAUCCCAUAUCAAUUGCUGAUAGAUUCUUCCUUGGAGGUCCAAUGGAGUUGCGCGGAUACCGAUUUUGCAGUGUUGGUCCCGCCGAACCACAAAUGUUACCCCUUGUACCAAGUCAAACGCCAGGACCUUCAGAAACAGGAGAUGCUCCAAGUUGUCCCAGUGGAGCUCUAGCCUCUUGUGUUGCUGGAUUACAUGUUUAUGCUCCUUUACCAUUUGUUCAUUCCUUUACGGAAGAUGGCAAGGCAUCUUUUGCUCGUCUCCAUGCCUUCGCUCUAACAGGCAUGUGUUGUCUUCUCUCUGAUCCAAUUCGGGAAUGGCGAUUGGCUCGUGCUUCAGGUGAUCCAUUUUCUUCGCGUUGUCAGGCUGUAGCUGCUUCGGUUAUUGGAGGAGGUGUGGCUCUUAGAUUUGCCGGUGCUGUUCGCUUGGAGAUCAAUUAUUGCUUCCCAUUGGCUGGAUCGGUCCUCUUUUCUGGAGCCGCUUCAGCGCAAAACCUACCCAAAGCUGGUUUCCAAUUGGGCUUUGGUGUGAAUUACACCUGA